GAGCUUGUCGUUCUUGAAAAGACUUCAUGGUCUUCGUUCCACAUUUCACAAAGUGAUUUUAAUCACUGAUAUUUGGAAAAAUUAUGUGCCAUUACUAAGAAUAAGGUGGAAGAACAGCAGACUAUUCAAAGAAUGGCAAACUUUCUGGGAUUACAAAUAUUUAUUAACGAUUACCAAAAAAAGCUUUGCCCAAAAAUAUAGUAGGUAAUAGUAGUCAAAAGAUCGAGGGGCAGAAGUUCGAAAUUUAGUGAGAAAUGCAAUAUAUAUACCAAAAUUAUCGCAAUGCCAUAUACCAAAAUUAUCGCAAUAUAAAAAAAAGCUAUCUUUCAGAAAAAAAAAGGAUAAAAAACUGGGAAAGGUUUGAUAGCUACUAUCGUUUCUGACAACUUCAUCAUAAUUUUAAAUAGCUGCCUACAAAUUGAAGAAAAUAAAGUAAAUGAUUGAUAACAACAUAACUCAAAAGAACAGCCCAUAAAUAAAAGAAGGGAGCAUCGCUAGUAGAAAUAUUAGUAGUAGAGUUUUUAUACACUACCACAGCAAAAUAUUUUAAAAGAACAGCCUAUGAAACAAAGAAGGAUGAAUAAUCUCUGGAUGAAAUUUUAGCUUUCGAAUUGAAGUUGGUGGAAUCCUCCUUUGAAACAUUAGUAACUUGAUUUUCAAUUGAAAAACAGCUUUUGGAUUAAAGAAGGGAAAAUGCUAGCAAAAUGGAAAAAUUUAUAAUGCCAAUAAAUACUUCAUUAUAACAAAAAAAAAAAACAAAAAAAAAUCAAUUUUUUUGGUGUUUAAAUUUUCAUGUAUAGGGAUGAGACAUAAAACAAAGAAUAAUUCCCUCACUGGCCAGUUCAUCCAAUACAUCUUUUUCCCACUUGUCCUUUUAUCCCAUCGACUUUUUAUCCAUUAGACCUCUUGUCCUUUGACCUUGUGUCCUAUAGCCGCAUACAAAAUAGAACUCAAAAGAACAGCAUUUUCUUUAAAGAAGGGUGAUACUUCUAUGAAUUUCAUGCACGCAUUUGACAAGCAUAUCUGUUCAUAUUUAUACUUAUUAGACCAAGCCCACCCGUGGGCUUAAUACUACACACGCAACAGCACGUCGUUAACGAUUUUUAAUUUCGUUAUCAACCCAUUCUCGCACCGGUCGUUCGUUUCCAUGUGAGUAAAAUAAUGAUCGGUCGCCUUUACGCACCGGUGGUCUCUAUUCUCUCCGUACCAUCGGUUUUUUGCACUUCUGUAAAUCAUCGCAAUAUUUUGUGUAUUUCAGUGGGGUUAUUGCAAAUCUUAUUCAGUAUAAUAAUUUGUGCUCAUAUUAUGAAAGAUGGGGUUUUGGAUAAGACUGAAAACUGUUAGUAAAAAUUAAAUUCAAAUAAAUAAUUCCCUUUGAGAUUUGUACCAGUUUUGGUGCCUUUUAUAGAUAUCAUUUUCUCAAUAAUUUAUGAUUGUAUGUUGCCUUUCUCGCAAGAAAUUUAUCUGAAUUUGAGAUUAUGAGCAUCUUAACGUGUAUUUUAACAUCAGCUAAUUCUAUACUCAGUCACAACCUUUUAGUUACAAAGCAUCACUCGCAAAUCUUAAUAUAUAUUGCGAUCUCUUGGAUGCUGGUAUAUGAAUAUUUUGUUGGAAGCAGAUUCUAUGCGCUUGAAGUAGACUGCGUAUUUGUCAAAGUACAUAAUGAGCCCACUCUCCUUUUUGGCACUUCAUACAACAAUUUUAACAUCCAACGCCUUGCUUUUUCUAUAACGAGGAACCUACAAUAUGACAGUCCUGCACACCGCCUAUUUUAAUUGGUGGAACUUGGCAGCUCGACUACAUUUUUUAAGAUUUUUAUCGGUAUGAUUUUGUUUCAAAAAGAAAUAACUGUAGUGUUUCUAUGUUAUCUUAGUUGAGUUAGGUACAGUCAAUGCAUCUUUGAAAAAUCGUAACUACUCUUAUCUAAUCUCAUAGAUGAUUCUUCGAAAUACUUGGAGUACAGAAUAUUUUAUUUCGGCAAGGUACUUCUCGAAUUUACAGGGGAGGAAGGAUGCGUGGACCGUGAAGUUACCCAUUUCGCACACUUUCUUCCUAAUGUCUCGUUUAUUUUAUAUUUUUAAAUUUAUAUUUGAUAAACCACCCACUGACGACCACCAUUUUCAAAAACAGCAAUCAUACCAAAACUCUUUUGCCUUUUUGAAAUAUACACGACAAAACGAAACGCGAGGCACAGCUCUUUCAAAGCGGAGGAUCUCAGCCCGGAAAGUUAGAGAAAGAAAACCUUGUGGUCACUUAUUACCGUCAAAUAGUUUCUUUUCGGGUUAGAAAAUAUGCACAUCUUCUCACCGGAAUCUGCUUCGGAUGACGAUAAUUUUGAAACUUGUCGGAACGAACUUCGCGAGUUAUUUAUUUGGACAUUUUUCUAAAUGUGCGAAACUAAGCUUUACUUUCUGCGUAGAAAACCCGGCUCAAACAUGUACGUGUUAAAACAGCAAAACUCACUGAAUCACUAUACAUUUCUUCAAAUAUUAGUUUCGAAACGAUCGGCCGAAUCAAAAACUAAAGGUGCGAUUAUGAGCAAUCGUAACUAUUUUUAAGAGAAAAUCAAUACAUUUUCGAUAUGCAUGAUCCUAAAAUUGGCGAAGAAGCGAAAGCUUUAUUCAUAACAUACCUACUUAAGCAAAGCUUGUCAAUUUAAACCUAUUAUUUUUCUGCGUUUGUAUUGUCACUCUAUCACAAUUCUAUGUCAGACAAUUUUUUGUGUUAUUCGUGUAACGAUCUAUGAUAUUGAUUGGUUGAAAAUUUCAAAUAUUUGAUGCAAACUAAAAUAAAUUCCUACCUAUACAAAGCAAGAAAAUCAUUCUCUAGAAACUAUAUACCUGGCAACAAAUCCAUACUAAUUUUCUUUCGUCUCCUCUUUACGCUACCCAAAGAGCUAAACGCGAGAGAGCGCACGAGCCUACGGAUAGAGACCGUACUUUGCGUGUCUCUAUAUUCUAAGCCCUGCUACGAACCGUACGUAAACUUUUCGCUUUCGAGCCCUACUUAGCAGCGACCGGUGCGGUUCGCUUCUUUGUUCGGGGCUCUACUUAACGUUAAAACGCUUGAUUGAGCCCAUGAGUGGGCUUGGUCUAAAUGUGCUCUUUAAACAAAUCGUACAAUGUAUGACAUUCCAUCCAUAAUCGUUUCAAUAAGGUUAGAUCAGCGAAUAAUGUUGCUGUCCAGAUCGCAGCUAGGUAUCUCAUUUCAAAGCUGAAAGUAAUACCAUUGGUAGGCUAAUGGUUCUCAGAGGUAACUCAAUGGUUUUUACCGCACUAACUACUUGAAAUAUAAUAGGCUCUCAGCAACAGCCAUGAAACAAUAACGUUUGAGAACAAUAUAUCAUUGUCCAUCAGUCAGUCGACGCGAGCAGACCAAAUGGCCGAAGACGAGGAACAAUUUUUUAGUUUAGAUGAGCCUACCAGUGACGGUGAAGAACUGGAGAACAAUGUUGGCGAAUUGAUUCAGACAAACAGGAAGCGCUUCAAACUACUUUACCGUGGUUUUGUAUAUCACAAGGACAAACAAGUAAUGUCUUCAAAACUUUCACUAAAAGUUUCAGAAGUUUAUAAUCGGGUUUUUUCUUGGGUAGGUGGAAAACUAUUGGUACUGGGAAUGUGAAAAGCGAAGGAAUCAAGAUGACGCCGAAAAAUGCAGAGGAAGAGCACGGACGAAAGUGAUUAAUGGCAGUCACGUGAUAAUAGCAACGAAAAACCACAACCAUAUGGCAGAUCCUCUCAGACUUGAAACAAGCCGUUAUAGGGAAGUCCUUAAAAGGAAGGCAUCACAAGGGGAUGAAAGAACUGAGAAGAUCAUUCGUCGUACUGCUUUCCAGUUUCCUGUUGAGGUAAAUCAAUAAGCUGAAUGUGUUUGCUAUAUUUUUAAUUGCCACCAUGUUCUAGGUUCAAACGACGGUAUCGAAAACGGCCCAGCGACGACUUUGCCAGCGCCAACGAAGUUCUGCUGUCUUGCCCAACGAUCCUACGGAUUUUGAUAUACUGGAUACGACAUUUACCAAAACCUUCGAUAAUGAAAGGUUUUUGUUGAAGAACGUGGAAUAUCGCAGCGGACGAAUAAUGAUAUUCUCUACCGCAGCAAAUCUAACAAGUCUAGGCCAAGCGCAGAUACUUAUUCUCGACGGAACAUUCUCUUCCACGCCUAAAGGGUUUCGACAGGUGUUUACUAUUCAUGCAUCUGUGGGGAAUGACGCUGCUCGGAAAUUCAUGCCGUUUGUUCAUAUGCUGCUGCCCGACAAAGCGGAAACAACAUAUAAGAAGGCAUUGAAGUUGGUGAAAAAUGCUGCAGCUGAGAAUGGCGUAAUGCUUGAUCCUCGCGUUGUUCUGACCGAUUUUGAAAAAGCAGAGAUAACGGGUGGCCACUAAAUAACGGGAAUGCUUUUAGCAGCUGAUUAAAAACAAUAGAAGCGUCCAUAGAGUAAACAUUUUUUAGACAAAUCCAUCGUCUAUCUAUCCACAAAGUCAGCGUAUUUUUUAUUUUGUGUCAACUUAUUCUGUUCUGCAGAAAACGACAUUGAAACAGGAAGCACUACCAAAACGCCUUGGACGGCUCUACUGAUUGCUCAAAACAACCGUAAAAAAGUUAAUAGUAAACCAUUAUAAAACUAGAACCCGCCCGGUUUUGAAUGAAUUCCACAUUUCGGCAUCCCAAGAAACAGAUCCUGAAGGAAAUAGAGGAAAACUAGCAAAACCAAUAAGCAUGAUAUCAUUUCACAUAAUAAAAUCUUCUUUUGUGACAUGGGCUGGAUAAAUCAAUAGAAUGCCUUGUUAAAUAACAAAUAUUUACAUCAAAUCACAUUUGGCGCUGUCCAUAAACUACGUAGACUUUUUUUCGGCCAUCUCAGACCCCCCCUCCCCCCUCGUAGACUUUUGUCCAUACAAAAUUUUCGAAAUUUGUAUGGAGCGUAGACUUUGGCCAGACCCCCCCGUCCCCCCCUAACAGUCUACGUAGUUUAUGGACAGGCCCUUUACACAUUGAACAACAUGUAAAUGGUUCGUUAUAAAAAAAAUAGCACAAAAAAAGUUCAACAAUGAACCGCAGUGCACAAAUUACAUCGACACGUUUUGGUGAUACAGAAAAAUAACAUUUUUUGGAAAUUUCUAUAAAUGUCAUUUACGGGAAAAGGCUACAACCAAAGCAAAAAAAAAAAACAAGUCAGUAUCCCCAUUUUUUCUUAUUACUGUUUGAGUGUGUAGAUGCUAAAGGUAGCUGAGAAACCAUUUAUUUUGACCAACGAUUUCACAGACGCAGAAAAUGCGUGAAAGUAAACUCUGAAAAGUCGUACAAAGCAGUUGCUCCAACAUCACUGCAAAAAAAUACUGUACAAAUUACUACGUUCAACUUUCUUAAAUUUUAUAUUUUCCAUGUACAUUGUGAAAUCUUUAUGAUAGUUAAAUUCAGAUUGCCAUUUUUAAAGAUCAUAUAUUUUUAAGAGCACAUUCAAAGCAUUCCCGUUAUUUAGUGGCCACCCGUUAAAUGCCGUGAAAAAGUUUUCCCAGAUGCUGUUCAGUAUGGUUGCUUUUUCCACCUUACUAAAAGCUGGUGGCGUCGUCUGCAAAAGCUGGGGUUGACCGGGAAAUACUGUAAAAGUAUUCGAAUGCAGCUGACGUUCAAACAAACUGAAGCCUUGGCAUUUUUGAAGCCCAAAAAUGUUCCAGAAGGUCUUGCAGCCAUUCGGGCAAGCGCUCCUCAAUCAAUGCAGCCGUUUCUCGAUUAUGUCGAGAAAAACUAUGUAUUGGGUAAAAUUCGAUCAGAUGGCCGACGAGGUAUUCCACGGUUUGCUCCAAAAUUUUGGUCAAUGCGGCACAAUCUGUUGAACCACGCACCACUAAUGCCAUCGAGGGAUACCAUAACAAAUUCGAUUCUCUCCUAAAAGGCGGGAGCGAUUUGAAAUUUUAUGCUGUGCUUAACGCUUUUAAGGAAGAGGAACAGUCGACAUCUGCCGAGUUCCUAAGAUAUCUACAAGGUGACGUCCCAGUCUACACCAGUCGAAUGAAGAAGCUUCAGCAGAAAGAGGAGAAGCUCAAACAAGCGAUUCGGUCGAGUCGUGAAAUUUCGAUGGCAGAUCAUCUUCUCUCACUAGCUCUUAUACUGCAGAAUAAGUAAGUUUUUUUCAUGUAAAUAAAGAUAAAUCCAUCCAAAAUGACAAAUAAAAAAUUUUACGCAAACAUGUUCUCAUUAAACUAAAAAAAAGAAGGAAAAAUAUUCCGGUAAAUGGUUUUUCCGGGUAAUGGUUUUCCGGUAAAUGGUUCAUUCCGGUAAAUGGUCUUUCCGGUAAAUGGUUUUCCGGUAAAUGGUUCAUUCCGGUAAAUGGUAUUCCGGUUAAUUGCAUUCCGGGUAAUGGUUUUCCGGGUAAUGUCGUAGAACCAUGACAGAUAGUAUAAAUGUGCUCAUUUCAAAGUUCAACAACUUUUCAACGGAGUUCACCGAGGGUUUUUCAUCGGUCAAUCUACUUUUCAUCAUUGACGAGCUCACUCAACAAAUAAAAACAAUCGGCGAAGCCAUAAUCUUAGCCCGAUUUAGCAUCCCCAGCAUCCGAUUGAUUGGCCUCACUGAACUGACGGUUGCCCAAAAUUUUCUGAAAGAUCAAGGACUCAAUAUAGCCACAGCGAAAAGUGUACUAGAAAUCGCUCGAGCAUAUGUGGUAACCACCAAGGAUUCCAUCAAGUACAUUCUGAGGGUACCCAAAGUAACAAACGAAAUCUACACUCUUUACCAAGUCGAAGCAGCUAUAUCCAAUGGAACUCGAGUUCAUCUAGACACCAAUUUCUAUUUAAAUGGAACCGCUCCUUAUUCUACAAAAUCUGUUAGUGACUCAUAUGCAGAUCAGUUUAUCUGCCAAUCUUCGCAGCUUGAGUCUCCAUCAAAGUGUGUCCAAAAAUUUAUGGGCGGCUCUUCAGCUCAUUGCCCGAUGGAGAAAGUCUGUAGCAGAAACAUUGUCAAACGGAUCAACGAUGGAAAAAUAAUUGUGCAGGAUGCCGACAUUAUGCUAAAGUCGAACUGUAGUCUGCAUCGCAACAAACUGGAAGGUUCCUAUCUUAUCCAGUUUUCAGAAUGUACAAUACUAUUAGACGGCGAACGUUUCAUCAACAUUAACGUGGAUAUCCCAGGCAAAACUUUUAUCCCAACCACGGGAUUAAAGGUAAAUUUUACUAACGUAAUAGAUCGCAUACCUCCGGAGCAUUUACAGAUUCUUCAUAUGAUGCAUCGAGAACAUAUUCAGCACCUGAAUGUUACCAGUGAAAGCAUUCAAGGAAGGAUUCAUUUACUGCACUGGUUAUCUUUCGGAUCGAUAUCGGUAACAACCCUAGCAAUAAUUGGAGUCGCGCUAGAUUGCAUCAUCAGGACGUUAUUGACAAGGAAAGCAUCAGCUACGAUUAACCAAAAUCAGCAUGAGACGAUUACCGAGGCUAAGGAAACAUCAUCUGACAAGUCAACACAAAAGAUGAGCGUGAGCUACCCAACAAGACAACCCAGGUUCAUUCCACAGUAGGCGUGGAGUGGAGAAAGUCAAGGACUACUUUUUUCAAAAAAAAAGGGAAUUGUUAGGAACACACUGAUAGGUGGAUUAACCAAUCAGAGCGAAAGGCGCGUAUCACGCCACAGGUAACGACCAAUGAAAUUUUACGAUAAAUACUACUUGUCGGCUUGAAGGUUCCAAAGAUAAUGUUUAUUCAAAUCAAUUUCUGUUACAUUGUUGGUGGUUACAAUCAUAUUCAGAGUGGGAGGUGCCUGGAGUUGGCUUGACUAAUUUUACUGUGAGCCAAUCAGCGUAUACUUUACUAAUUGUUAAAUGUAUGUGUGAAAGGAGAAUAAUCGUUGGACACUUGCGCUGUGAGAACGAUGCGCUAAGGCAACAGCAAAGAAAGAUCGAAUUACUCUGCGUAUAAUUGAACGCCUGGGAAAGAACAUUUUUAUAUUGCUUAGCGGUGACGAUGACAUGGGUCAUCGUCUCUGGUGCAACAUAGAAUGGAUGGCAAUAAUUAAUUUUGAAGUGUUUGCAUUUAACCGGGUUUGUUGCUAUGCUGAUAGCUGUCGCUAUGGUGUCAAUAAUUUUACUUUACAUGUCGCAAUGUUCUACGACUGUAGGGAAGUCUGUGACUGGAAUAUGUCAAUGCUUCGUAUUUUCAGAAAAGGAAUAAUGUUACAAUUUAUGUUCAUCUGGUAUGCUACACCUUCCCCCUUUAGGAGAAUGAUGUAACGAAGGGAAAUCAUUCGUCAAAAGCUAUGCUCCAAGGACCUCUAACAAAGAAAAUAUUAAACUAUUUUGAUACUAACCGAAUUUCGCACUUAGUACAAGACUAAACAUUUACCUAAUCCCAUUUGAUUGUUUUUUUUUUUGUUUUUCAUUCUCUUUUUUAUGGGAAUCAGGCUCGGUAGAUCUCUAUUUUGUUUAUUCUAUUGUUAGUAUGUGUAAUAAUGUUUGUAUCAUAUUUCAACCAUAGAGUUUUUUUUUUUAUUUAAGCUUUGAUAAGUCUGUUUUUAUGAAUUGUUAUUAAAUCGUUAUUUUGUGUCAAAUGAUGUUUAAUUUUACAAUUUGGAUCAUUGAUUUCGACAAUUUUGUAAGGACCUGAAUAAAAGGAAUCGAGUUUCUUCCUGGUUUCUACCGUUAAAUAAACAAGAUCUCCAAUGUUCAGAUUGAUCGGAUUGGUGUUUAGAUUAGCCUGACUUGUUCGGGCCAUUUUUUGAUGUAUGAGAUUUCGUUUGGCAAUAUUAUUUGAGUUUUGAAUUCUAAAUUUAAGUUCACGAAAGUAGUCAUCGUAAUUGUAUAGUGGUUCUACGCCUUUUUCAUAAAUUUCGUUGGGUAAUUGUGCUUUUCUGCCAAAAACUAGUUCGAAUGGUGAAAAUUGAUGAUCAGAAUGGGGUGUACUAUUGCAUGAGAAACUAUAAAACUUCAACCAAUCAUCCCAGUCUGUAUGGUGUUCAUUAGUGAAAGAUCUCAGAUAUUCAUUUAAACAUCUGUGAUUUCUCUCUAAUGAUCCGAUAGUUUGGGGGUGAUAGGCUGUGGAAAAAUUUUGUUUAAUUUCCAAAAUUUUACAAAUUUGUUCUAAAGUUUGAUUUUUAAAUUCCGUUCCUUGAUCUGAUCUAAGUUCUAGAAAGUUUCCAUAUAUCAAAAUAAAAUUUUCGACUAAUGCCUUGGCAAUGACAUUAGCUUCCUUGCUUGGUGUUGGUAUUAAAACUAUAUACUUCGUCAAAUCACACUGGAUUGUAACGAUGUAUCGAUUAUUGUUAUUACUUAAUGGAAGCGGUCCAACCGUAUCGAUUAAAAUCACUUCAAAUGGUGAAGAAGGUGUAGUGGUGACUAUCAUAUUUUCUUUUGUAUGUUUAGUAAUUUUGUUCCGUUUGCAUAAUUCACAUUUCUUUAUGAACUGUGAUAUGCAACCUUUCAUAUCCUUCCACUUGUAUUUUUCUCUUAUUUUAAGGUAAAGCCGAUGUUGUCCAAUAUGACCUCCUAUUGGGGUCUCAUGGUUAACUCUUAUUAUUUCAUUAAUCUUAUUUUUAUCCGUUAUAAAUUUUGGUGGAUUGAAGAUUAUAAUUUGCACGUGUCUCACUUUUUCAUUAGCAAUCUUCUUGAAAAUAUUUAUCGGCCAUAGUUUGAAAAUUUCAUUAUCCGAAGAUAAUGCAAUCUGUUUAAUUUUCACAGAUAAUAAUAAUUUUUCUAAUUUCAGAAGUGCAAAUUCUAGGGUUUGACUUCAGUUAAUUAACAACUGCUGUUGCACUAAUGCAACACGUUUUUUACUGUUCUUCGAUAAGAUUAUCAUUUCAAGAACAUUGUUUUCGUAUGUAAUAGCUAACUUAUUCAAUUUAUUGGUAAAACUUGGAUUUUCGGUUACGUAAGUAGAGAGAUGAUCAGGCUCUUUACUUACAGCAACUGUUGGUAUUUUGGCGGGUAAUGCAUUUUUAUUCUGAUGACGGGACAAUGCGUCUGCGAUUACGUUAGAUUUGCCUUGAAUAUAUUCCACGGCAAAGUCAAAUUCUUCCAAAUCUAAACGCAUAUUUGUUAAUUUUGAGUUUGGAUUUUUCAUUCCAAACAAGAAUACCAAAGGUUUAUGGUCUGUUCUCACUGUGAACUUUUUGCCAUAUAAAUAAGGUUUGAAGUAGUUUACAGCCCAAUGUAUUGCUGUCAACUCCUUGAGAAUUACUGGCUUAUUCUUUUCACCUUUAGUAAACGUUUUGCUUGCAAAGGCUAUUGGUAAUUCACCAUUGUCAAAUUUUUGAGACAGAACUGCUCCACAAGCAAUGUCUGAAGCGUCUGUCGUUAAAAUAAAUUCUCUACUGAAAUCGGGAUAUUGAAGAAUCAUCGGGGACAUUAAAUGAUUACGUAGCAUAUCAAAUGAAUGUUGGCAUUCAUAUGUCCAAGUAAAUUUCGCAUUUUUCUUGAGUAAAUUAUUCAAAGGGCUGGCAAUUUUUGCAAAAUUUGGAACACAUUUCUUAUAAUAAUAGCAAAAAGCUACAAAUCGUCUAGUUUCAUCUCCACUAGAUGGAACUGGAUAAUUUUUUAUUGUGUCAAAUUUAGAAGGAUCUGGUAAUAUACCUUUAUCAGUUAUCUGAUGACCAAGAUAAGUAACUUCAGGUUGAAAAAAAUUGCAUUUACCAAGAUUGAGCUUUAAAUUGUAAUGCCUCAAUCUGUCAAAAACUUUUGCAAGAUUCAUUAAGUGGUGAUUGACUGAACAACCAAUCACAAUAAUGUCGUCAAUAUAGAUAAAAGCUAAUUCCGGAGUCAAUCCAGCCAUGGCAAUCGUCAUCAUACGCUGAAAACUAUUUGGACUUAUGUUCAAUCCAAAUGGUAAACGCGUAAAUUGAUAAUGUCCAGACUGUGUUGAAAAUGCAGUGAAGUUUCUCGAGCUCUUAUCCAAUGGAAUCUGAUGGAAACCAGACAUCAGAUCUAAAGUGGAAAAAUAUUUAGCUCUUCCCAGUUGAUCUAGAAUAGUAUCAAUUCUGGGGAGAGGGAAUUUAUCAGCAAGUAUUUUCUUGUUUAGUUGUCUGAAAUCCACAACUAAACGCCAUUUCUUGUCAUUGGUAUCGGAUUUUUUCGGUACCAAUAAAAUUGGAGAGUUAUACGGGGAUACUGAAUGUUCAAUAAUAUUUUCAUUCAGCAUUUUAUCAACUUGUCUCUGAAUUUCAUCGGUUUGAGCAUGUAAGUUUUUAUAGUUUAAAAUAUAUAUUGGACUUUUGUCUUGAAGGGGAAUUUUUUGAGUGUAAAAAUUGUUAACAGUUAACGUAUCAUCUGGUAAACUAAAAAUAUCUUGGUAUUUUGCAAUCAGGUUCUUUAAACCUUUUAUUGCAUCCGGUGGUAUUCCAGCAAAGUUAAUCUGAUUAAGAAUAUCGUUUUGACGAUUUUCCUUAUUUUUACUACUAUUAAGUUUCAUUAUGUAAAAAUUAUUAAGUGGUUCCAUUAAAGGAUGAAAUUGUGAAUACAUUAUAUGUACAGGUUUUUCGGUAGUGUUAAUAAAUUUAACAUAAGGAUUAUUAGGUGAUAUGAUGGUAUUUCCACAGAAAAUGCCUGGCAAUAUUUCCUGUGAAUGUACAACCAUAUUGUAUGUACAUGGAAUAUUAACAAUUCUUCUAACGACUUCACUUCGUUUUGGUAAGAUGAAACCGUUGUUUAAGUUGUCAUAAAUCGGUAUUGUUAUCUCUUCAUUAUUUACACUGAACUUAAGCAGCCAAGAUUCAUAAUCAAUUAUGCAUCUAUGGGAGCUUAAGAAAUCGCGGCCUAAAAUGCCGUCAGUCAUGAUAGGGAAUUCAUCAUUCACAAGGUGGAAUUUAUGCUUGAUGCACAAUCCUCCUUCGAAAUAUAGGUCAGUUUCUGCUGACGCAAUAGUUUCAAUUGUGUCAUCGGUGAUUCCUGUUAGCUCGAUUCUUUCUGUAAGGUUUAUUUAGUAAUUGGGAUUCAGUUUACUAAGUUUAAAAAUAGAGAUAUCCGCUCCGCAGUCUAUAGUGAACGUUUUCCUAGCAUUUGUCAUUUGAACAUUGACCGCUAUGAAAUUUGAAGCGUUCAGGUUUAUUGUGAGUACGGGUGCUGUAGGAAUGGUGUUCCUAAAAAAUUGCUUGAUGCAUGUUGUUGUUGUUGUUGUUGUUGCCUUUAGGGUGGCAUUAGGUUUCUUGGUACAAUAGCUACGGGUUGAGACAGUGCACCGUUUGGUGCAAACUGAUUCGGAGGCAAUGAACCAGAACCAUGCACCACGUUCAUGUGAUACAUUCUUCUGUUGCCAUCUUGUACCCAAUUUUGUUGUCUAUAUUGCUGUUGGUUAUUGUUCGGAUGAUUAUAUCUUGACCUAUUUGACGAUUGUUGACCAUAGUUUGACCUGGGUUGGUGCGGGUUUGGACGAGGGGAAUUUCUGAAAUUUCCUCUGCUAUUGUUGCCAUUGGAACGAUUUUGGUAAUUUGAUUGAUAAUUUGGUCUAUUUUUUGAAAAAUUUUUCCUCAUCUGCAUAAUUGAUGCGGAUGGUUCAUUAUUGAAAUUCUCGUUUUCAAUAACAAUAUUUAAUGCUUCCGAAAGAGACGCGAAUUUCCCCUCUUUGAGGAGCAUUUUUGUCUCCUGUUUGUGUGAUGAAGCUGUUAAGGUUUGUAUGGCAGCCUUGUUUGCUAACUUUGUGGCUACCGCAUUCGGAACUUCUUCCCGAAUGUAAGCAUGUUUCAGUUUAUCCGCAAGUAUGUCAAUUUCCUUUGUGAAUCCAGAAGUUUCUUGACCUUUUCGUGGUUUAACAUUUUUCAGAUUUGCAAGAGCCAAAUCUGAAGUGCUUUUGUCUAUACAAUCAGCAGUAAUUUUGUUUUUUAUUUCUUGCAAAUCUGCUGGCACUGCUGUAAAUAGAUCUCUAGCUUUACCAGUCAACUUAGUCAAAAUAAGUUGAAUGGCAGCAGCUUGUUGCGCGUCUGGUACAAUGGUUUCAACUAAACCUAUUGCAUCUGUGAAAGAUUUUAUGCCUCCUGGAUUCCCAUCAUAAUUUGGGAUCAGAGAUGCUAGCUCUGAGGCAGUUUUAAUGUCUAGUGCCAUUUUUCUUAAUCGUAAUUUAAUUUUGUGUUCCGAAAGUUUUUGCUGAAUUAUCAACUCAAUCUCAUUCACCAAGUUUUUAGAAAUUUUUAAGAAGUGAUUUAAUUGAUUAAUUGAGUCAAAGAAGAUUCUAAUAAGAAAAACUCAUUUUGAUUACUCAAGUCCUUUGCUACUUGUCGUUUUUUUUUGCAAUGUAGUCGCUUUAAUUUUGUUGUUAAUCGAUUUUUUUAAAUUUAUUAAAAGUGCAUUUAAUUGUUUUAAAGCGUUUUCAAUUUUCUCUGACAUUACAAAAUAUAUACUAAUUCACUAUUUCAAAAUUCAUAAAAAGGUUAAUGCUCAUCAUAUUGAUUUUGGGACUGUUGUGUCGAAAAUAUUACAGCUUAUUGGUUCACGUAGAAUUCAUAAUAUAAAAAUGAAAAAUAAAAAUGAAAUCAUAACAGCUUUUCUUUUUACAUACAAGGCAUAAUAGUUCUAGUCAUUGUUGCUCACAAUUGCUAAACAUA